AUGGCAACAGAUUUUCGACAAGGAAAUCGAAACUGGUUGCUCCAUGCUCGUUACGUGAGAGGGGAGCAUGCACUAUGUCUAGAUUUAGCUGACGAACUUCUUUCUCAAACGAACAACACUCAUAGAUUUUCUCACUUCGUAAAGGGAUCUAUAUUAGCAGAUGCAGGCAGACUUCAAGAGGCAGUAGAGAAGUUUCACAGUUGUAUACGAUUGCAUCCGCAUGACCCUGAACCUUUGAAGCAAGUCGCCAAAUGCUUAUUUCGUCAAGGCAGAUUCCAACUAUCACUGGAGGCGUAUUUGGAAGCCAACAAAAUUACAAAAUAUCCCGAUCCCGAGAUAUUCUGCGCUUUGGCGGAAUGCUACUCGAAGCUGGGUGACGUGCAGCAGGGUGUGGCGUGGGCGCGGGCGGGCGUGCAGGCGGGCGGUGGGGAGCGGGCGGGCGCGCUACUGGCCAGCCUGCUGCACGCCACCCGCGACACCAGCGCCGCGCUGGCCGCCAUAGACCACGUGCUGUCGCAAGUAGCAUGCGGCGCGGAUACUCUUGCAUCAGCUGGCGUGCUGUUUCUCCGGGCUGGGGAGCCACGUCGCGCAUUCCAAUUACUCGGAGAAGCGCUGGCGCAGCAGCCAGCACAACACGCGGCAGCAUUGGCGUUAGCAGCCAUGAUGCUGCAGCACCGUGAUGUUGAUGCAGCACUGGCGCGGCUGAAGGCAGCCCUGUCAGCGCAUCCGACGUGCGUCGCCGCGCAUGUCAAUCUCGGGCUCGCGUUGAUGAACAAGAAGAAAUAUGUGGCUGCGCUGACGUGCCUCCAACGCGCGGCGGUAUCGGCCCCGCUGAGCGCGCGCGCGUCUCACGCGCUGGGUCUGGCGCUGCUGGUGUGUCGCCGCCCCGCCUCCGCCUUCUGCCGCCUCGCCGCCGCCGCUGCCAUCCGUCCUGACCGCCCACUUACGGUUCUCCUAAUCGGCAUUGCGUUAGAGCGACUUGGAGACAGUCGCGCGGACGCCGCGUACAUACGCGCUGCGGCUCUGGCGCCUGAUGAUCCGCUGAUUAGACUCAACCUCGCCGGCAGAUACGCCAGGGUCGGCAAGCUGAGGGAGGCACUGGAGGAAGCUAGAGCCACAGCGCUGCUGCUGCAGAGGGAACCAGACUCACAGCUCGCAAGUUCCCUGGCAACUCUAAUGUCAUCGCUGCAACAGGCGGGCGUGAAUUUAGAACAGCCUGCUGCUGAGGUACAAGUUAAAGAUGCACUUUCUAGCGUACCUGAUGAUGAACUGGCUCCGGACGAGGUUUAGAAGACUAAUAGCAUAGAACUUUAAGUAUACUUUCUAAAUAAAGACUAC